AUUGAAUCCCUAACCCCAAGGACCCACUCAACGGCACGGACCCGCUCGGAGCGAACUGAUUGGACAGGACAAGUGUCAAUCAGACGUGGGCCGUUCUAUUCUGGCCAAUCACGAGAGGAGGAAUUGAGGGAUGGAAUGUUCCAGAUGGCAAAUAUCAUAAGAGUGUCUCUGACUCUUGAUGUACAAGGCAACUUGUGAAAACAGAUGCUCCAAUUUAUCAAGUCAAAGCUGAAAAUUAAGUAGUGGACUGUCAGAAACGAGGUUCCGUCAUGUCCAACCUCCUUCACCUUGAAAUGGCACAAAAAACAGAGCAAAAUCUCAUUAGUGACACAUCUGAUGGUGCAAAAUAUUUGUCAGUCUCUUCUCCUCCUCCUCCUCCUCCUCCUCCUCCUCCCCCCCCUCCCCUCCUCCCAUCCUUGCUGCCCUCUCCUAAACCAUCCGGAAAGAAAUUAUAUCAGAUUUUUGCUCAAAACCGAUUACCAGUAGCUGGAGAGCGGGAGGAGGUUAAGAUGCUGGUCCAGAACAGACUCGACAGUUUCAGUAAAGAUUUGAAAUGGCUCCUUAUUAAUAAAUACAUACCCUCGCUGAUCCAGGAUGGUCCACAGUGUGGACUGGUGGCUCUGUGGAUGGCUGGACAUUUGCUGAAUUCGUGCAAAGUGCAAGGUCUGAAUGAGAUAGUGGACUCUGCGAAGGCCAGAGGUUACACUGUUCAAGGAGAGAUGUUUUCAGGUGCGAACAUGGUGAAACUGGCCAAGGAAGUUUUCCAUUGUCAUGGUGAACUACUCAAUGAUGGCUUAAUGGGAACUAAUAAAGCCAGAAUAAUGCAGCACCUCCUUGCUGGUUAUCCCGUAUUAGUACCGUACGAUGAAGACUUCAACCAUGAGCCCUGCCUGUGCAGAGGGCAUAAAGCUCACUGGGCAGUGAUUUCAGGAGCAUUGGUGGGAUUGAAGUGUGAACUAUCAGAAGACUUGCAUGAAGCAGAUCCUGAUAUUCCUGGGCUGUUUUAUCAACGUGAGAAUGUGUCUGGAGCUAAUUACUCUGAGGACACUGUUGUUGAGAUUUACCUGGUGGCCAAGCAAGGGAAGAGUCUGAAGUAUCAGCUGUGGCCGUACGACAGAGUGCAUAACAGUAAUGUGCAGCUGAUAGAGUUUAGCCCAAAGCGAGAGUGUGAUGGGACAGUCUACGUUAUCCCUGAUGGUGGCGUGGAGGCAGGAUUGUGUGGGGUGGUGGUACUCUUGCAACCAUUGUCCCAGGCACAAAACAAAAGCUAGUGCUGGCAUUGACUUCGUAAAAGAGAUUUUAGUUAAAUAGUACCUUUCAAGAGGUUGGGGUAUCUUAAGGUGCUUUCUCAUAAAGCUGAAUAUCUUGCAAUGAUUACAUACAAGGAUAAUCAGUUUGUUUGCUUGUUCCUGCAAAGUGCUCAGUUUUGCAUUAGAGGAUCUGCCAGCCUUGAUUAUGCAAGUGGAGCUGGCGAAUCACUGCUGAUUUAACUGGCUAUGUUCCAUUAGGUUAUACAUUUAACGUUGUAUUUUAACUUUAACUCAUACUUGGAAGAAAAUGCAACAGAGUGUUGGUUACAAAGAGAUUGGGCCAAUUAUUUCACAUUUCAAACUAUUCAGGUGCAGCGUGCCACAGGUGCCUUUGAACAAGCUCAGAGCCAAUUGUGCAAAUAAAAUGUAAUAAGGCAACAAGGUUUCUCCUGGUUUACCCCCAUUCCCUGCAAAUCAUAAAGUCUGCCUGUUUCCAUGCUGUGUGACUCUUCGGUCCAACUAGUCCAUACUGACCAUAAUCGAGGUGAAAAUG